AUGCUAUUAUAUAUUAAGGGAAAUAAACUAUAACAUGAUCUGAUCUGCAGGGAAACUGAGUUCUGAUUGGAGCAUUUUGUCCACUCUCAACGAGUCAGCUUUUUACUGUACGCUACACUAUUAAUAGGCACAAUGACCCCUCAAACAAAAGGGUCAGUUUGUAGUGGUGCCUCCAACAAGCUCAAGCCAGAACUGUGUACUCACAAAAAAAAAAAAAAAAAGGUAGGAAAACAACAGCAGGCUUUACAGCUAACCUGACACUGCCUAGUUGGUUCUUUGAGCAUCGGCAUCACAGACCUCUUCGGGUUCACACGUAAAGGAUCAGUGAGCAUUGAAAAAGCUCAUUAUGGAAGGCACCAGAGGACACAUUUUGCAGCUAAUGGUGAUGGGCGUUUUGCUGGGCACGGCCUUCCCAGGAUACAGGGCCGUCCAGACACCGGACUAUGACGACACCUCCACGCCUGAGAUCCUGAACCCUUCCUGGAUGGCCACCAUCCCUGACGUCUACUCCCUAUCAGAUGUGACGAUGCCCGGCACACACAACACCAUGGCCCUGUACGGCGGUUCACUAGCCGAGUGUAACUCCUGGUCCCUCGCUUUCCAGCUGCGCGCCGGGAUCCGCUUUCUGGAUAUCCGUGUUCGGCAUGUGAAUGGAAACUUGACCAUCCACCACGGAAUUUCGUAUCAGUAUGCUCACUUCGGGGACGUGUUGAUGGACGUGGUGGCUUUCCUGAGAGAGUAUCCUUCGGAAACUGUGCUGAUGAGGCUGAAAGAGGAGUUGAGUGACACGCAGGAUAUCUACGGGGCAGUUGUGCGCUACAUAAAUGAAUAUGCGCACUGGAACCUGUUGUGGCAUAGUCGCGAGAUGCCCAGCAUGGGAGAGGCGCGAGGAAAGCUAAUCGUACUGCAAGACUUCACCGGCCCUGACCUGGGCAUACUCUACAACUCACUGGACAUAGCAGAUGACUGGCAGGUGUCCUCUCUGCAGCCGGAGGAAGUGGAGAAGAAAUGGGGAAGUGUCUCCACUCAUCUGGAGGCGGCUAUGGUUUCCAACAAAAAACGUAUGUUCCUCACCUACAGCAGCGGCGCCAGUAUCCUGGCACAUCCCAACGCCCUGGCCCAGCUAAUGAACCCCCGUCUGCAUGAAUAUCUGACAGGCUAUGUCGGUCAAAGCAAGUGGUUUGGUAUUGUGGCAAUGGACUUUCCUGGUGCCAAGUUAGUGCAAACUAUUAUAGGCUUCAAUUUUUGAGAUUCAACGGCAGGACAUCAGUACCAAUUCGGCUGGAACUGGAACCAAAAUACUUCAUUAAUUGACACAAAUCCCAGUCAUACUGUGACUCAAAUUACCCAUACCCUUGAAAUCUCAAUAGCCGUGACAGAAAAAGUUCGAGCUUGCUGGCAAAUUUUGGGAAUAUUUGACUUAAUAAAGCUCUGUGACAAAUUUCUGUCAUAACAUCAUGUUUUGACAACAUUUGAAAUAAAAUAUUCUCCUGUCA